AUGUACACCCAAUACAAGCUAUUGGAUCUGGUGGAGGGGAAGGAGAAAAUGCCGGAGGCCGCGGAGUUGAAAGGAGCAUGGAUGAAGCGAUCGUUCGACGCGUACAUGCUCAUGUCAUGGUCUGCCCUAGCGAUCAACCUCAACUCCCAACAACCCCAAUGGAGCGUGGAUUACAUUCGCGCGCGCAUCCUAGAGGAGGACUUGCGGCGGCGGAGUGUGGAGCGCUCGGAGGAGGGGGCUGGCUAUGGAGUUGGAGGUGGAAAAAGUGGCUUCAAGAAGAAGUGGAAGGGCAAGAACAAGGAUAACCCUAAGGAGGAUGGCGGCGGGGGUCAAGGGGAGCAUGGUGGCACGAGGAGUGGGGGAGUCAUGGGAGCUAGUGGAGAGGAGAAGGAUGAGGAGAAAGGCGGUAAAUCUGAGGAGCGGAAGGCCGGGUUCUUCUUCUUCGUGAACGAAGGCGCAACCGGCCACGCUAUAGCUGCCUAG